UGAUAGUUAUUUUGAAUGAAGGAUUCGCUGAGCUGCUGUAGAUGCGCGUUUAGUGAACGUUAAUUAUUACUGGUGGUGUUCAAAGUUAUUCCAUGGACACAAUUUUAUUUAUUUGAGCUUGUUUGUGAUUAAUUUGUAGUUUUUGUAACUGAAUGCUGGCGCUUGCUAGCUAGCUGCUCACUGAGCCUGUGUGGGCUCUUUGGUGUUUUUAGGCCUCAUCAUUUAACGUCAACUUGUUUAAGGUGGCGUUUAAAUGGCUGCAGCAGCAGGUUAGUGAAGUAUGCGACAACUAUAAGAUGUUUAUUGUGUUUCACAUGUAGCCGCAGGGGUCUGCGCUCACAGGGAUGAACUACGGAAGGCUGGAAGUCAAAAUAAAACGAGUCUGUCAGAGGAAGAGGGCGCGAGACCACCUGAAAGCUCACCUGACACCUACCAGGAAGAGGGGAGGGGCUGUCUGUUCCCCGCUAUGCAACUCCAACAGGAGGAUCAGCAGCAUCAUGGCUGAAAGCAGAGCUGUGGAGUACUGCAGCGACAGCGAGGAUUUAUUCGGCGACUAUGACAGCAUCUUAGGGGAUUCGUCUGUCCUGGCAAAACUGGAUGAUGCCGAGCAAAAUGAAAGGCUGCGAGGGGCGGAGCAACAACCAGAAGACGAGGAUGUCCUCUCAGACUCCAUCCUGGACGGCCUUGGAGAUGAACCCUUCGAGGACCUACCGGCCAGCCAGCUGCAGUUUCAGGAGGAAGUUCAGGAGAAGGCGAAGAGAAGCCGACUCCAGGACAGAGACAAAACCUCAACGCCUUUCAGAGGACUAGCAAACGGAGAGGGUCCACCCAGGAGACCAGCCGGAGCGAGGAGGAGUGUUGCCGACCAGCUGAAGAGGACGAUGCUUGGCAACGCAGCGGCUCCUUCUGCCGUUUCACGGACAGCGAUGCUGAAGGAGGCGGUGGUUUCUGAGGAGAUAAACGUCGCCAUGCAGGCCAUGGAGACUGUCUCUGCUGACAUGCCUGACCUUGGGCCAUUCUUUGGGCUUCCAAGCAAAGUGAAGGAGCUGAUGUUUAAACUGAGAGGAAUCCAGAGUUUAUAUGACUGGCAGCAGACGUGUCUGAACUUGGACUGUGUUCAGCAGAGGAAGAAUCUGAUCUACUCCCUUCCCACCAGUGGUGGGAAAACUCUAGUGGCAGAGAUCCUUAUCCUCAGAGAACUGCUGUGCAGGAGGAAGGACUGUCUGUUCAUCUUGCCCUACAUAUCGCUGGUGCAGGAGAAGGUGCGUGGUUUAGCAAGCUUUGGUCUGGAGCUGGACUUCAUGGUGGAGGAGUAUGCUGGCAGCAAGGGCAGGUUUCCUCCCGUGAAGAGAAGAAACAAGACAUCCCUUUACAUCGCAACCAUAGAGAAGGCUCACAGCCUCGUCAACUCUCUGAUAGAGAGCAGCAGGCUGGAUAACCUUGGACUGGUGGUGGUUGAUGAGCUUCACAUGCUGGGUGACGGCAGCAGAGGGGCCAUUAUAGAAAUGACUCUGGCCAAAGUUCAAUAUGUGAGCAAAACAACUCAGAUAAUAGGAAUGAGCGCCACUCUGGGGAAUAUCAAAGACCUGCAGACGUUUCUGAGGGCUGAAAAUUACACGAACAACUUCAGGCCUGUUCAGCUGAAGGAAUUCGUCAAACUGCACGACACCAUCUACGAUGUGGACCCAAAAGAAGAGAACUGCUUCAGGUUCUCACGUCUUCUCAAUUUUAAAUACUCGAGCACGAUGCAGAAGAUCGACCCGGAUCACAUCAUCGCUCUGGUGACCGAGGUCAUCCCAGCGCACUCGUGUCUGCUCUUCUGUCCCACCAAGAAGAACUGCGAGAAUGUGGCGGCGAUGAUCUGCAAAUAUCUGAAAGAGGACUUCUUGCGGCACCGCGAGGAGGAGAAGGGCGUCCUCCUCAGAGAGCUGCGGGACAGCGGGAAUGGCUCGUUGUGCCCGGUGUUAAAGGUCACCGUGCCGUAUGGCGUGGCGUACCACCACAGCGGGCUGACAUCCGAGGAGAGGAAACUGGUGGAGGAGGCCUACUCCAGCGGGGUCCUCUGCCUCCUCACCUGCACCUCCACCCUAGCUGCAGGGAUCAACCUACCUGCUCGCAGAGUGAUCCUGCGCUCGCCGUACGUGGCCACGGACUUCCUGAAGAGGAGCCAGUACAAGCAGAUGGUGGGACGAGCCGGCCGAGCGGGGAUCGACUCGGUGGGCGAGAGCAUCCUGAUCCUGCAGGAGAAGGACAGGAACAUGGCUAAAACACUGGUGUGUGCGCCGAUGGAGAGCUGUUACAGCAACCUGAUGCAUGAUGAUGGAAAAGGCCUCCUGAGCCUCGUCCUGUCCCUCAUUGGAUUAAACAUCACAUCAUCCAUGGAGCAGCUGCAGGACUUUCUGCAGGGAACGCUGCUGUUUGUGCAGUGGCAGCAGCUGUGUGUGGGGAGGAGCCUGCUGGAGGCAGUGCAGCAGUGCGUGGAUGUCCUGAAGGAGAAAGAGCUCAUCACAGUAGACUCGCACAGUCAGAGUCUGCGGGUCACCAAGCUGGGAAAGGCUACGUACAAAGCCUCGGUGGAUCUGACCUACGCUGAGGUCCUCUACAAAGACCUCUCCAAAGGCCUGGAGUCUCUGCUGCUCAACAGCUACCUGCACCUGGUCUACCUGGUGACCCCGUACGACCUGAUUGAUCAGUGCAAACCUGACUGGAUGAUCUUCUUCAGGCAGUUCACACUGUUGUCUGUGGCCGAGCAGAAGAUGUCAGCUGCUGUCGGCGUGCCUGAGAGUUUUGUGGCAAGAAAAGCUGCAGGACAGACAGUAAAGAAGGGCGUGAACUUGGCGGCGGUGAGGAGGAUGUACCUCGCUCUUGUUCUCUUCUCGCUGCUGAAGGAAACGGACGUCUGGAGCGUCUCUGAGCGUUUCCAGCUGAGCCGUGGCUUCGUGCAGACGCUGCUCGGCUCCGCCUCCGCCUUCUGCUCCUGUGUGCUGCACUUUGCUGAGGAGCUCGAGGAGUUCUGGCCGUUCAGAGCGCUGCUCGCCGAGCUGACGCGGCGCCUCAGUUACUGCGUGAAGGCGGAGCUUAUCCCUCUGAUGGAGGUGGCCGGAGUCCUGGAGCGCACGUCAACACAUCAGCGCUCGCAUCCUCUGCUGUCACUCGAUUCUACUUCCUGCCCAAGUGCACAUUAGAGCUCCAGUAGACUCCCAUGUCUAUGUAAUAAACACGUGAGUUUGUGGACCACAGGAAGUGGACCAUUUCAGCAGUUACUUAUCACAUGAACACCAUCUUCAUCCACCUCAGCUCAGGUUUUAUUUUGUAAAAGGGUUAUUACAGCUUUAAGUUCCUUCCUGUCAGCUUUCAUUGAUCCUGUUAGCAUCCAUUCUUUCUUCUUCGUCUCUUUAUUGAUGUUUCUGAAAGCAGCCCUGGAGGUGUACCUAAUGAAGGUCAGGGAGAAUGUUCAGGUUCUGUGUCUUCGCUCCGUCAUGUUAACGUGUUAAAUGUCCCAUCAUGGCUGUAAAGUUUUACUUUAUCUCACUGUGACGUAAAAGCUCAGAAGGAUUUAGGCCACAGCUUUCUUCUCUGAAGAUCGCUGAUGCAUCCGGCUCCCUCACACUUCACUUUAUUAAACUCCGUUUAGAUCACUUUUUAUAUUUUGGUUUAAAAACGCUGCAGAGGGGAGCCAGAUGUUUCUCAUGUCGGCUUAUUCCACUCAGCCUGAUUAAUCAGAUUCACUCUGGAGACGUUCAAACUAAAAGGUCACGUUUCAGGAUUAUUUGAACUUUAUUUUGUAGACAUAUUUAAACUCGCUACAGGAAGUGCGUCCUGUGCUGAAUGUGGUGUGUUAAUGGUUCUGAGAGAGCAUAAGUGCUGCUGACACCUCCGUGAGCAGGAGGUGGUUCAGGGCGGUUGUUAUUCGGCUCACGGCCCGUCCCACCUCUCCUCUGCCAGAUGUUUCGCUUUUGUCCCAGUCACCGCUGACUCAUCGGUGAACGUGCUGAGCUGAUGUUCGUGUCAGCAGGUUAAAGAGAAAUGGGCGGCGCUUGCAACCCUGAGGUGUCCCAUGCUCGACGUUUCUGAAUCAAGGGAACAGUUUUAUUCAACGUGAAAAGGUUUUUUUGCUUCAGGUGAUUUUAAGUGAGAACCAUCUGAGCCUCCAUAGCUUCUCCAUGUCCUCUGCCUCAGCUGAAGCUCUGACAUCACCUCUUUUUUUUCCUGCAGUCGAGAGCAAAGCAGCUGUACGCUGCCGGCUACAAGACGCUGACUCACCUGGCGAACGCCGACCCAGCCGCUCUCUGCACAGCCAUCCAGAACCUGUACAGGAAACAGGCCAAU